AUGCGGUGGCUGGUGCUGGCCCUGCUCUGCCUCCAGCUUGGCCAGGGGAUGGUGAGGAUCCCCCUGAGGAAAGGCAGGUCCAUACGGGACGUGAUGAGGGAGAAGGGGGUGCCAGAGGGUACCCUGAAGGAUCUCAGAGGGGACCCUGGUAGGAAAUACCAGCUCAGUAACGCUGUGGCUUAUGAACCGCUAGCGAACUACCUGGAUUCCUUCUACUUCGGAGAGAUCAGCAUCGGGACCCCCCCGCAGCAUUUCCUGGUGCUCUUUGACACCGGCUCUGCCAACCUUUGGGUGCCCUCCACCUACUGCCAGACCCCAGCCUGCGUGGAUCAUGCCAGGUUCAACAGCAGCCUAUCAACCACCUUCUCGGGCACUGGCACGACCUACACCCUGAGCUAUGGGUUCGGUGACCUGCCGGUGGUGUUGGGGCAUGACACUGUGACAAUCCAGAACAUUGUCAUCAGGAACCAGGAGUUUGCCCUGAGCCUGGAUGAACCCACCAGACCCUUUUACUACCAGGACUUCGAUGGGAUUUUGGGCAUGGCUUACCCACGUGCUGGCAUCCCUGGUUACAACACACUGAUGCAGAACAUGCUGCAGCAGAGCCAGCUUGCUGAGCCCAUCUUCAGCUGCUAUUACUCACGCAACCCAACAUAUAGUUAUGGUGGGGAAGUCAUCCUCGGAGGGGUUGACCCCCAGCUGUACUCCGGGGAGGUUUUAUGGGCUCCUGUGGUCCAGGAAUUGUACUGGAAGAUCGAUAUUGAGGAGUUCUCCAUCGGGCCGUCAGCCACCGGCUGGUGCAGCCAAGGCUGUCACGGCAUUGUGGACACAGGGACAUUCCUGCUGACCAUGCCAGGACAAUUCCUGUCAGCAUUCCUGCAGGCGCUGGGUGCGAAGGAGAGCGACAACGGGUUCAUUGUCAACUGCAGCGACAUCCCGAGCCUGCCCACCCUCUACUUUGUCAUCAGUGGAGUCCAGUUAUCGCUGCCUCCCUCUGUCUAUGUCUUAAACAAUGAUGGUUUCUGCACCGUUGGGGUUCAGAGCACGUACGUGCCCUCUGCCAGCGGGCAGCCUCUCUGGAUCCUUGGCAACCUCUUCCUCCGGCAUUAUUACUCCAUCUUUGACAUGGCCAACAACAGGGUUGGCUUUGCCCUGUCAGCUUAGGGAUGCAGAGCAUCACCUGGGGGCUAUUUGCCCCUGUGACACCUUGUCCUCCCUUGGAGCCGUGCGUGGUGAUGAGUAGUCUCCAAAUCUCCUGUACUGAAUAAAGAGCUGCAAAUGUAACUGCCUCGUGUCUCAGCUGAGCAGGACCUGGCACAGCUCUUAAUAAAACAAAGUCUGAGAUGAUGCUUGAUGUUUCCAGGCACUGCCUGGGCUUCCAGAUGUGCAAGGAGCCUUUGAAUAUGCAGCAACGACCAGUUUGGGAUCACCUUUUUGAUUGGGAACCAGAUCCCUGCUGGGACUGGCUGGAAAAGCAGGAUGACUGGAAGAGAUUCAGGCUGCACCAUAUGCUGAGCCACGGCUUGGGGACCCCAGGGCUGAGCCGACACGGUCGCUGGAGGCUUCAGGAACCAGUUCGGAGCAGGAUGUGCAGAGACAAGGAGCUGCAUGUGAACAGCUCCCGGGUCAUUAGGUUUGGGGGAAUUGCACACACAUACUUGCAAAUAAAUUAGGGAUUGGAAAGA